AACUAUUUACCAUGAAUAUUCAGUUAUACAAUCACAAUAUCACGGUUUCACGAAUUGCCAAGAUCUUGGGAAGCGAGGAAGUUGCUAGGAAGUACUUAAGCCAAUGCAUCUAUGUGUCUGAUAUGGGUCAUAACGACUACCUCAACAAUUAUUUCUUGGAUGGCUACGAUAGCAGCUUGAAAUAUACUCCUGAAGAAUAUGCUCAACUUCUCAUUGAAACUUAUGAAACUCAGCUGGAGAAAAUGUAUUGCUCAGGAGCAAGAAAGAUAGCUGUGCUCGGACUUAUUCGGGUAGGAUGUAUGCCGUCCAACAUACAAAAAAAUCCCAAUGAACUAGAUGCAUCUUCAUGUGCAUACAAGCUCAAUGACGAUGUUCAAAUUUUCAACCACAAGCUUCAAGAACUGCUCAGAAAACUUAAUAAGAGGCAUACUGAUGCUGUGUUUACCUACAUAAACUCUUACGAAAUUGAUUCUGAUGAUCAGACAAAUACAGGUUUUACACAAACCCGUAAGAGCUGUUGCGAUGUAGAAUCUGGUUCAGUCCCAUGUAAAUCUCUCUCCUUCCCAUGUAGCAACAGGAGUGACUAUGUGUACUGGGAUGGAGCCCAUUUUACUGAAGCUAAAGCUUGGGCCUUUGGAAAAAGAGCAUAUAAACGUCAGUCACCAAAGGACGCUUAUCCAUAUGAUAUCAGCGAACUAGUUAAGCUGAAGCUUGAUGAUUCUGAUGCUUACGAUAUCAAUCAUGCCCAGCUCUGAUGGAGAAGACGAUUGUCUAAUAAGCAGUCAGAGAAUAAGAUAUUGUGACUGUAAGAACAAUUGAAAGACAUAUUUUAUGUCUUUUCAUAGCCUUUCACAAUAUAAUUCCAAUAAAAUUUGCAUUUACGCA